AUGUCAAUUGUAAACAUUUACCAUCACAACGAAAAUAUCUACAACGUAGAAAAGAAACCACCGGAACGACCCCCGAAGCCACCGCUCUAUCACUCACGUUUCGAGCACCAGGUUCGCAGGGAGACGAAAUCCUGCAAGGACGCUCAUCGUACCAUGGGUUACGCAAAAAUUCCCCUACAGAAACCGAACGAAUUUCUAAAAAAGAAUUGCGGUAUCCGCUAUCGGGCCACAAAAUCGGCACCGGUGCGCCUCUGUGCAGACCACAAGCCACCGGUCCCGAAAAAGGAAGACCUAACCACCAAUCAGCAACUGAUGAAGUGUGUCGACUUCAAGGUUGAAAACGUAAAAAAAGUAGUCGCUUCCAGUCCGAAAAAAAUGCGUCCCCGAUAUGCUGACACCCGGAAAGGCGACUUUCACGAUUUGGAAAAGUCCGGCCUGAUGCCUGUCUAUAAAUGUCAACCCAAGUACGGAAAGGUACCCAAAUAUCUUGAACGGCGAAAGAAAGAUCUGGAAGCGCAAAAGCAGCGCAUGGCAGAAAAGAUGGGCGAACAGGUGCCGGACGGCUUUCUGGUUUCGCAGGAAGAGCGAUUGGAACUGUUGAAGGGACUUAAGCAAAACUGGGAAAACCUUCAGAAGGAGUACCAGAGUCUUCCACUGCUUAUCGAUACAGUGCCGAAAAUGAUACGCAAGGCCAAACUUGAAAAGAAUUUGAAGGAGCUCGAGAAGGACAUUUUGCGCGUCGAAAGUUGCCCGUACAUCUUUGUGCACGACGAGCAGGGACAGACUGACAAGUAG